GUCAUGACUUGCUUAUUUGAUUUUCGUUUCUCCCACUAACAAAGUCUCACCUCCCUUUCCGGUAAAACAAAAAUAAGAUCUCUUGUUUCUUUUUGGAAUGAAAAUGUAAACAAACAAAAAAAAAAACCAAAAAAAAAAACAAAUUUGACGAAGACAACGUAAAACGUUAGAGGAAGACAAAUUAUUUGCUAUGGGGAGAAGCAUAAAGAUCGGAGGAUGAAACCUUCUUUAAUGGAUAGUCUACUAGGUCUCCUCCGUAUUCGCAUCAAACGCGGCGUCAACCUCGCAGUCCGUGAUCUCAACAGUAGUGAUCCUUACGUUGUCGUCAAAAUGGCAAAACAGAAAUUGAAGACUCGAGUUAUUUACAAAAAUGUAAAUCCUGAGUGGAAUGAAGACUUGACUCUCUCAGUUUCAGACCCCAAUCUUACCGUCCUCUUGACGGUGUAUGAUUAUGACACGUUCACCAAAGACGACAAGAUGGGAGAUGCAGAAUUCGGGAUUAAGCCGUUCGUUAAUGCGUUGAAGAUGCACUUACAUGAUCUCCCAUCUGGGACCAUCGUAACCACGGUCCAGCCUAGCCGCGACAACUGCCUAGCCGAGGAGUCUCGGGUUAUAUGGUCUGAUGGUAAGCUCGUUCAAGAUAUAGUUCUUAGGCUGAGACAUGUCGAAUGUGGUGAGGUUGAGGCUCAACUUCAAUGGAUUGAUCUUCCCGGAAAGGGUCUAUGAUUUGUUUUCUGUGUAUUGGUUAUGGGACUUUAAACCUGAAUUUAAUUUAAAAGUCCAAAUUAAUGUAAGCAAACAAACUAGAAAGAAAAAACGAUAGUAGGAAUGUCUUUGUACAAAAAAAAUUAUUAUUUGUUUAGUAAAUGACGUGUUUCUAGAAUCAUUGGGUUAAGCAUAAAGUUGAAGAAAAUUAC